CGUCACACGCUUUCAGUUUCGUUUCCCUUUUCGGAGCAGAAUGGCCGGGAGAGCGGAGCAAAGCCAGGCAGCUGAGCAAAACCAAGGUCGAGAUGUGGACCUAUCCAUGAGGCGUCUGAAAGUUUUACCUCUGGACAUCCUGCAGAACCCACAGAUCUGUCAGCUCAAUUUAGACCGCAACAGACUGAAGAAUGUCAGAGACAUUUCGAAGUUGAGGAGUUUGGAGACCCUCAUCUUGUCUAAGAAUGAGCUGGUGGACUUUCCCUCAGAGAUUGGCUCGCUGCGAUAUCUUGAAAAGCUGCAUUUGAACCAGAACAAAAUCCCACAGAUCCCAGAGGGAAUUUUCUCCUGCCUCCCACUCCUAAAACAGCUUAAACUCAACAACAACCGGCUCAGUGACUUCCCGGGAGACCUUACCUGUUGUGCCGAGCUGCAGUACCUUAACAUGUCUCACAACCUUAUCAAGAAAAUUCCUGACACAAUUGGCAAAUUAGGAAAACUUGAGGAAUUUUACAUUGAAAAUAACAAGUUGUGUGAGCUGCCGCUUGUGCUGUUUGAAGGCUGCUCUCUCAGGCGAUUCAGUGCCCGUGCAAAUCCACUCAGGGAGCCCCCUGAUGAAGUCUGUGUUGGAGGCCUCCAGCACAUCCGCAGUUAUUUCAAACAGCUCCAGAACAACGAGUCUCUGAAUGACAAGCGGGUCAAGACCAUGUUUCUCGGAGCAUCCAUGGCGGGCAAGUCAACUGUAUGUAAAAGUUUGACCAAGCGGGAAUUGGUGACAAUUGCAGAGGAAGACAGGACAAUCGGGAUUGAGAUCAGCGAGUUUCAAAUCAAAGACUUCUCCUUCCUGUGCUGGGAUUUCGCUGGGCACCUGGAGUAUUAUCUGACUCACCAUGUCUUCAUCACACCACAAGCCCUGGUCGUGGUUGUCAUUGACUUGCACAGGUAUAAGAUGGAUGACAAUGAUUCCUUCAAGGAGCUGGUUGGUUUCUGGAUCAAUAACAUUUUCAUGAGAGUUCCAGAUUCCAUUGUAAUUCCUAUUGGGACUCAUGUGGAUCUGUGUAAGAAGGAUGAGGUCCAGAUGAAGAAGAAGGACAUUGAAGAGAAGAUCAAAGAGAUGCUGACAGAAAGAAACGAGAAUUUGAAUCAGCGCCUGGCGAAACUAAAUGAGAAAUCACAGUGUGAAUUAUACAGGGAUCAAGCAAAUAAGCUGGAUGAUUUAGUCAAGUAUAAUUUAAAGGUUUUGGAUCUCAUUCCCGUUGACUGCACUCAAUAUGAUGCUAUAAACAAGGCUUGGAUGCAGAUUCUAGAAUCAGUUCGGAAUAAAGAUAUUUUCCCAAAUGCAAUCCGGACACUUCCAGUCACUUACAAGAAGGUGGAAAAAGCUAUAACUGGACUGAUUGAAACACAAAAAGUUCCAUUUCAUGGAACUGUAGCACUCGAUGAAUUACUGGAAAUGGUAAAUCUUCACAACAUUGACAGCGAACAACUGGAAUACAUUCUGAGUUAUUUGCAUCGGAUUGGGUUAAUUCUGUGGUUCCAGAAUCUGCAGGCUCUAGAAAAAACUGUAUUCCUGAAGCCAUCAUUUCUGAUCACUUUGUUUAAGAUGAUUGUCCGCCAUGAUCUGUUAAACCAGCUGAACAACAUCCCAGCCAAAACACUGAAAAAGGAAUCAGCCAUUAAGCCAGACCAACAAAAAUGGAUUGUUGACUUUCAGACUAAAGCAACUCUACAUCAUAAAGCCAUCAUGGUACUUGUCAAGCAUCAACUGAGGGUAAACGGUAAUAAAGAGCUGCAUGAAAUUGCAGAGGACCUGAUUGGAGAUGACCAAGAGAAGGGCAAACUCUUCCAAAUAUUGGAAUAUUUUGAUAUCUGUCUUUCUUCAAAACUCCAGGCCCUAAAUCCUAAUGCACCCGAGUUCAGACCAGGCUCCCAGUGGUUACUGCCAGAUAGUGCUCCGCCUCUCACCUACUUAUUCCCAAGUUACUUGACUGAUGCAAAGGUGGUAUCAAAACAGUGGAAUGAAGACAGCGAUGACGAUCUCCAUGUUAGAGCGUUCUUUUUGCCAGAAAUUCCACAAGGAUUCUUCCACAGGGUAACAAUUAAACUGUGUAAUUUUAUUUACUCUCACUGGGUUGGAAAGGAACGGUGCCUGGUGAUAUGUAAUGGAAGGAAGCUGCUCCUGAAGGAACACAAUGAAGAAGCCAACAGUUACAUUGAAUUCCGCUGUAAGGAGAAGGAAGAGGAGAACGGUUUUGAAGGACGAUGGAGCCUGAUUAUGACGGCCAUUGAGAAAGUGAAGAAAGUGUUAGAAGAGUGGCCAGGUCUCCAUUACUCAUUGAAAACACCCUGCAGAAACCCUUCCUGUGGGCAUUACUUUGACUGGCCAGACUUGGAUGAGAAAGGCAGAGACAUAACAAAAAGGAAGUGGUGAACAGGUCGACUUUACAUGACGUCUGGUUUCAAACUGGGCAUUCAAGGGACACAAUGGGAUUAACGGCCUCUUUCUGUGGAAUAAAUAUUACAUUGUUGCGAGCGGCUGCAGAUUGUGACUUCGAUCCCAUCCUCCCAUCUUGCUGAGGGUUUGAUUGUAAAGAACACCUGAAGCUAAGUGUUUGCAUUUGAUAAAUAAGCAUAUAAUUCCCUUGAUUAUUAAUGCCCCGCCCUUCUCUGGCAAUCUCUGAGGCUGAACAGGACUGUUCAUAAUCUCUGUAUUUGACCAUGGUAUGAACUUCUGAUCACAUGUUUGUACCAUCAGAAAGACUAUCUCUUUCCACCUUUGUACCAUUACCUGAUUCCCAUCUGCAUUAGCUCAUCUGUUGCUGCAGCUCUUAUAAAGGUUUUUGUUACUUACAAACUUGACCAUUUCACUGGACUCUGGACUGGUUCACCUUCCGUAAACUUGAGGUCAUCCCAAAAUUCUGCUGCCCAUCUGUUAUCUCACACCAAGUCUCAUUUCCCUAUCAUCCUGUACUCACCAACCUAUAUUGGCUCCUGGUCAAUCAGGACCUAAUUUUAAAAGUUUCAAACUUCUUUUCAAACCCUUCUACGGCUUCAACCCUCUCAUCUCUAACUCUAAUAUCCUGUGUUACCAAAGCUUUUCAAGGUCUCUGAGCUCUUCCAGUUCUGAUCUCUUACACAUCUCCCAAUUUCUGUCUCUCUCUCUCUCUCUCCCUUAAAUGUACCCCUUAGAAACCUCCUCUUUUGUCCAUUUGAUCUACCAUCUCCCCAUGAGGCACUGUGUCUCUGUUACUGUGUGGUUUGAUACCAUGGUAUGAGUUUAGAUUCUUUACAGACUGGUCAAGGGGAAGGCAAAGUCAAGGACUGUUUUUAGACUUAGAUUUUGAAAUAACACUUAAUU